UUUGUAAAAAUUGUUUCAUGUUUGUAAAUAAAUUAUUUUUGUUUAGUUUUAGGGAAAAUUAAAACAAGUUUGAGUAGUUAAUUUAUUAAAAUACAUGUUUAAGUCAUGAUGGAUGAAGAUGAUUAUUGGAACACAAGUGAAACCAAAGCGCACGCGUUUAGUUUUGAUGAUGACGUUCUCACCCCACAAGAAAUCCUGGCUAUCGGUCAGAAGCCUUCUACAGGGACAAAAGAAGAAAGUAUUUUCAGCAGUUCAGCCAUCAGCAACACCAAGUCACUGCUACCUUUGAAUAGUUUAGUAUCACCUAAAGUUUUGGAUUUGAUUCUAUUGGCACAAUCAGGAAAAUACCCAUCGAAUGAGUCAAAAUCAGACAUUGAACAGACCGUAGCAGUUACGUUGAAAAGACUAGUGUUGGGACGAUCUUGUUCACUUCACGUUCACCGGAGCUUGAAGAGUAAGACAGAACUGUUAGAUGGAGCUAUUUCUAUUGGCGAUGGAAAUGCUAUAUUGACGGUGGUACUAUUUCUUAUACAAACCCUAAAUAAGAAGAUAGUGUUUGAACUGCUGUCGUGCCGCCCCAUAGCGUUGAACCAUUACAUCAGCUUUCUGCACACCGAGGGAAAAAUCACAGAGCUCUCAGAUCUACUAACAAUGCUUGGGAGAAGCCCUGAGGCAGCUAUGUACCAAUUCCACCACUGCAUCAAGAGCCAAGGCAACAAUGUAGACAGUUUGUUACGCAAGCUAGCCAACUUGCUUGCAAAUCAUUUGAACCAACCUGGGGCGGAUUCCCACCAGGCUAAGAUGGUGGCUGAUUAUGUUAAAUUAUUGGAAUGGCAGAAGUUCGCCAACAAGCAGGAAUUGUUCAACAAGUCAGCGCUGCACUGCUUGGCGUUUUGCUGCGCACAGCACUGGAGCGAUACCGCUGGCAAUAUGAUGUCUCCCAUGACGGUGUGUCAACGGCAACAGAUUCCUCCUCUCCAAUACGACUGGGUGGUGCUAAAUGUUCACGCGAAAUCGAAUAAAUGGGAUAUAGUGGAAACAUUAUUCACGAAAAAGGACUGGCUAGGCCGCACCACGGUAUCGUCUCACAUACCUAUAGAGACGCUACUCGCUAGACUGAGCGACUUGCAAGCGAGUAAACAGCUGCUAACGACUUGUGUGAACAAGAUAGCAUCUUCUGAAGACAGGCUGCGACUGGCGCAGAUGUAUAAGGUGCGUAUGUAGUGUAUACAGGGUGUU